UUUUCCGGUACAGUAGUGCGCCAGGAGACCGAUUGGGUUGUGGUACUGUGACUAUGUCUCUCACUUCUUCAAACGUAAAAUUCAAUACGAUAUCGUGCAUGGAAAAUAGUAUAAGUAAAUAAUUACAAAACAUUGCAAAAAAAUCAAGUUAUAUUGUUUUAUUUCUAUCAAUUGAGUCUAAGUUAUGAAAUCCAAUAUUUUAAAAAGUUUUUUUUUUGUGAUGGUGUUAAAGCUUUUCCCUAAGCAAGUUAAAGGAGGCGAAUUGGGAGAUAGUUGUACUUCAAAUGAAGAUUGUAGAACAGAAUUUAGCAUAUGUAAUCGAGAAUCAAAAACUUGCACGUGCUUACCAUACUAUGCGAGAUUUAAUGAAAUGUGUUUACAAUCUACUCUUUUGGGAUUUGAAUGUAUGAUUGAUGAACAAUGUUCAAUGAAGGUUGCUAACAGUAAAUGUUUAAAUAAUGUUUGCCAAUGUGAUGAAAAAUUUUGGCAAUAUCGCAGACACACGUGUUUAAGUCCUGCUAAACUGGGAGACGUAUGUUACAGUGAUAUGCAUUGUGAACUUUCGAAUAAAAGUAAUAAAUGCAAAUUCACUAUACCAGGAGUAUUCGGAUUUUGCGUGUGUAAUUCCCUAAUAGACUGCUCAACGGAUGUUCAAGAAUCUGUUAUAGCAAAACCAGUAAAUUCUGUUUUAAAAUAUCCAUUUGGAAAACCUGAUCUAAAAAAAAAAGUGCCGUACUUCAAACGUACAACAACUUCAACCACUACGAGCUCUACAAGUAUUAAACCUCUUUUAAUUCGACCUUUCCUUAAAACAAAUAAAACAAAUGGAUUAAAACUAUCAUUAAAUCAACUACUUAGCACUAAAAAUCCAAUUUUUUCUAAUGCAUCACUGAAUUUGACGUCAAUAAAAUCUCCUGUAAAAAAUAACUUCAAAAUAAAUAUAAAAGACACUCAGGAGAUAAAUCAAACAGAUAGUAAAUCUAAGGAGAAGCCAAACACAAGUCCGAUACUGAGAAAAGGAGAUUCGAAAAAGCGGACAAGUCUCGGUUAUGAAUGUUUCAACGAUGCACAAUGUAUGCAAAACGAUGUUAAUUCAAGAUGCAUCCAAGGUAUGUGCGAUUGCCAACAUCGUAAUCAAACUAAUAAUAGUCAAUGUUCAGCAAAGAAUCGAGGAUGUUUACCAAACACUUUUCAGUGUCGGUCAAGUGGAAAAUGCAUAAGUUGGUUCUUUGUAUGUGAUGGACGUAAAGGUGAUUGCGGUGAAGACGAUAUCUCCGACGAAGAAUGUUCGGGAAUCCAACAAUGUCCGAGCACUUCAUUCAAGUGUAGGUCCGCAGACGGCUUAAAAAAUAUUUGUGUAUCGAGAUCAACACGCUGUGACGGUGUUCGAAAUUGUCCUUACGGUGACGACGAAGAAGAUUGUAAGAUUACUAAUAAUGAAGGGUGUCCACCAUAUACAUUCCAGUGCGAUGGCGGAAAGUGUUUGCCUGAAUAUGAACUAUGUAAUGCCGUAGUAACAUGUGCCGACAAAUCAGACGAACGUGAAGAUUUGUGUGUCAGUGGUAUCUUUGUGAGUAUCAACAAAACGGUUUCUUCUAUGUCACGGGUUCGUGGUCCACCUGAUCAGUGUCCGUUUAGAUGUAAGAAUGGUAGAUGCCGAUCAACUGCGGUAUUGUGUUCAGGUCGUGACGGAUGUGGUGAUGGGUCGGAUGAAUUUGGCUGUUCCGUCUGUAAAUGUCCAGCUGUAACCUCAUAGCCCACAGACAUUAUAAGAACUAAACAGAAACAUUAUUUAUAAAUUAUUUUUCUUUAUAAUUAUUUUCAUUCAUUGAGUUGUAUGACAUGCUUUUUGAACGUGUAAUUUUGUAUAUAUAUUUAUAAAAAAAAACAAAUUUUUGCAACUAUAAUACAAAUACUUUGAUGA